AUGAACGGCAUCAACGGCGCCAACAUGCCCGGCGGCAUGGUCCCGUUUCCCGCCCCGGCCGGCCAUCAGGCUGAGCUGAACUACAUCUACGGCAUGGUCGAGGAGCUGAGCCGGCAGCUGGCCGAGAACCAGCGCACGCUCGAGGAGGUCGUCGCCGGCGUGGGCCGCGUGCGCAGCCGCGCCAGGACACACUCGCUGAGCAACGACGAGCUGAUCAGCUCUGCGUCGGACGAGGUGAAGGCCCAAGAACCCAACCUCGACACACUUAUCUCCAUCCUCUCCGAAGCCCUCGAAAAAGCCAAAUUCUCACGCGACGCCAACGCGGCCCUCGCCUCGCAGUACGCGUCGGUGCUUUCGACCAUGCUGAAACAGUUCCAUGACUACAAGGCCCGGCAUGUGGCCGACGUGGCGGCCUGGCACCGCAGCUACCGCGCCCAGCUGGCCGAGGCGCGGGCCGAGAAUUGCGCGCUGCGCGAGCAGAUCUGGGAGAUGCAGGCGCGCGCGGGCCGGGCCAACGAGCUGCUGCGCAGGUUUCGGAGCCGCUACGAUGACGAUGCCGCGCGCUGGGAGCGCCGCGUCGAGGCGAAAGCCGUGCGGCAGGAGUUGCGGUUCUGGAAGAGGAUGGCGAUGCCGCACUUGAGCGAGGACGACCCCUGCUGGAGCGACGACGACGAUCUGAUUGAUGUCGCAGAGAAGAGGCGGCUCGAGGAGAUGAGCCGGUUGGCGGCGCAGCAGCAGUUGGCCGCAGCGGCAGCCGAGUUGGGGGAUAUUGUGGGUGGUGGUGGUGGUGGUGGGGUGGAGGACGGCGAUGUGCCGCCCGAGGUGCCGUCCGUGCCGGGGAUGGGUGGGGUGCCGAUGCAGAGGCAGGAUGGGGCGGUGAUGCUGUCGAUCCCGCCGCCCAGGCCGUCGAGUGUCGCGAGUAGUACGGGGUCGUCGGGGCAGUAA